AGAUAAAGAAAUGUGACAAGUGUACCGUGUUGUACCGUGCACCUAUAGAAAUAAAGUUAAUUUUAUGUAUGGUGGGAUUUUUUAUAUGACCAAACAUAACCUGAAAUUUGAUGCUCAACUUAGUGAAAAUAAGUUACAUCUUGCACAUGAUUUAUAUAGCUUUGUAUUACGUGAGAUUACACAUCAAUUUUUAACAUUGGAGUAAACAAUAUUAUUCAUUGUUACAAUGAAAUGUCACUACGAGGUACUAGGAGUAGCACGAAAUGCAUCUGAUAAUGACUUGAAAAAAGCUUAUAGGAAACUGGCAUUGAAAUGGCAUCCUGACAAAAAUUUGGAGAAUAUAGAGGAAGCAAAAGAACAAUUUCAAAUUGUUCAACAAGCUUGGGAAGUAUUAAGUGAUCCUCAUGAACGUGCUUGGUAUGAUAAUCAUCGUGAAGCUAUCUUAAAAGGUGGCAUUGGCGAAGAUUACAAAGAUGAUUCUAUCGAUCUCUUCCAAUAUUUCUCAACCACUUGCUUUAAAGGAUAUGGAGAUGAUGAAAAAGGAUUUUUUACUGUUUACCGCAAAGUUUUUGAAAAACUUACGGUUGAAGAUGCAGAAUUUGCAAAAGAAGGAGAUUCGGAUGAAGAUGUUCCAGACUUUGGGAAUUCAACAAGUUCAUAUGAAGAAGUUGUUCAUACUUUUUAUGCUUAUUGGCAAAGUUAUAGUACAAAAAGAUCGUUUGCCUGGUUAGAUCCUUACGAUGUAAGGAGUGCUCCUAAUAGAAAAGUUGCACGUCUUAUUGAAAAAGAAAAUAAGAAGAUUCGUGAUAAAGCUAAAAGAGAAAGAAAUGAACAAGUAAGAAAUUUAGUUGCUUUUGUACGUAAACGUGAUAAACGAGUCCAAGCUCAUGCAGCAAAGCUUGCUGAACGUGCCAAAGAAAAUUUGAAAAAAGUGGAAGAACGGAAAAAGCAGCAAUUAUUAGAACGACAAAAACAAUUGAAAGAACAUAAAGAAUCUGAGUGGUCUAAAUUUUCAAACAUGGAAGGUGAACUUAAAAAUAUUGAAGCUAAUCUUGCUCAAGAAUUUGGUGAAAAUUUAUCUUCUGAUGGAGACACUGAAGAUGAAAACACUGUAGAUGAUAAUACUCUUUACUGUGUAGCUUGCAAUAAAAUAUUUAAAACACAUAAAGCAUUUACAAAUCAUGAAAAUUCUAAAAAGCACAAAGAUAAUAUUGUUAUUAUGAAGGCUGCGAUGAUAAAAGAUGAUAAAGAAUUUGAAAGUUCUCCAGAUAGUGAUAUUAGCUCGCAAACAACUUCAGAAAGUGAAAGAAAAUUGGCAACAGAUUCGCAAAUGCCUGAUUUUCUGCUAAAUUCUGUUCAAAAUAGCUCAUAUAAUGAAGGUAAUACUAAGGAAGAAAUUUCAGAAGAAGAAUUAAUAUCAGAUGAUGAAGAUUUGAACAACUCAACAAAAGUUAAAGGUAGAGAAUCUCACAUGGAAGGAACUUCAUUUGCUGAAGACCCUCAGAUGGGUGAUGCUAUUUAUGUUCCAUCUAAACUAAUUGAAAAUGAUAAUGAUUGUGUCACUUCUGAGGAUGAGCUUAUUUCUGAUCAAGAAGACGAAGAAGUUCUACAACCUAAAAAACAAAAGAAGAAGAAAAAACGAAAGAAUGUUCAGAAUCCAUUGGCAGAGCAAGUUAGCGACGAAGAAGAUACAAGUAUUAAUGAGGAUAUAUUUUUAUCAAAAAAGCAACGUAGAAAGCAGCAACAAAAAAAGGCAAUGUUAAGUAAAGUUGUAGAAAAUAAUCAGCAGAUGUCCAAUGAGAAAGAGGAGAUCGAAGAUCAUGCAGAGAAAGAAGUCGAUGAAGCAGAAUUAUUUUCUGAUAGUCUAGAAACAAAUAACACAAUUAAUGAUAAACUUAGAAACAAAAAGGCUAAAAAUGCAAAAAAAUUAAAUAGCGAAACUAAAAGUAGAAAAGAUUUACAAGUUACAGAAACUGCAGAUUCAGUCCACCUUUGUAUCACAUGUAAAGCUGAAUUUCCUAGUAAAAAUAAAUUAUUUGAACAUUUGAAACAAAAAGGACACUCUGUAUAUGUUCAGAACACAGUGAAAAAUAAGAAAAAUCAUGAAAGGUUAAGCAAAAGCAAAAGAAACAGUGACAAACAGAGUCAUUAAUUGUAUACAAAAAACAUACAUAAUGUAGCUUAAUUUAUUGUAAUUAGCUCAAGGGAUGAGAAAGAUAUUCAAUUAAUAAAGUUAUGCUAUAAAUUAUAAUGUGUUAUUGUAUCUUUUACACAUAUUAUACAUGUUUAUACCUUGUCCAAAUUAAAUGUUUAAAUAAAGAAAUUAUUAAGGAAUUAUUCAAUAAAUUGUAUAGCAUUUGCAAUGUCAGUAUCUAAAGUAUGAAUGUAAUAACAACAACAAAAUGUGAUACCGUUUAUUUGUAGAAAUUUCGAAUAAAAGUAAUUUGGGGUAUACUGUAUAAAUUCGAAAUGUUAUUUAAAUUUUAUGUUAGAUUUAAUACUAAAACAUAAUGUAUACAAAUUUAAUUUAUGCCUGCAAAAUGUUUAUACUUGAA